AAAAAAAAAAAAAAAAAAAAACAACAAAAAAAAAAAACCAGCAAGAAAAGAAGGCUUCCUGGGGCAGGUGGCUGCACAGACAGUUGUGGCAGAGGUGACCAAAGCCACAUAAUGUCCAUAGUUUGUUCACUCGUCCAUGCCAAAUGGAUCGUGGGGGAGGUGAUUGGGACAAAAAUGCAAAAGACUGCGAAGGUGAAAGUGACCAGGCUUGUUCUGGAUCUCUAUUUAUUAAAGUAUUAUAAUAAGUGGAAAACCUGCUUUGCUCACGAUGCCCAUCAGCAGUGCACAGUUGGGGAUAUCGUGCUUCUUAGAGCUUUACCUGUUCCACGCGCAAAGCAUUUGAAACAUGAACUGGCUGAGAUCAUUUUCAAAGUUGGAAAGGUCAUAGAUCCAGUGACGGGAAAGCCCUGUGCAGGAACUACCUACCUGGAGAGUCUGUUGAGUUUGGAAACCACCCAGUUAAGCAAACAUCUGGAAGAAUUCAAUAUCUCUUCAGCACAGUGAAGGACUGGAAGAAGGAACUACAGGGAAAGAUUGACAUGUUUACGUUAUGGAAAAAGAAAUUUUUCUAAGUUUCAU